AUGUUCAAAUUCUACCCAUCCGACUUCUUCCACUUCGAGUUCCUCCGAGUGCUGGCCAGCGCGCCCGCCGGCGGGGCCGAGACAGGCGAGUGCCUGGCGGUGCUCCCGCAGGUGGCAGACGGGGACGCCGAGGCGUGGUACCGGGCGUGGACGGCGCAGGCGCAGCAGGCGCGGGGGCUGGGCGACGAGGCGCUCGUCUCCGGGGACACGCUCGCCGCCUCGGGGGCCUACCUGCGCGCCAGCAACUACUUCCGCGCCAGCGAGUUCUUCCUGCACACCCGGCCGGACGACCCGCGCUUGCUCGCGGCGAUCGAGCAUAGUGUCGCCGUGUUCGACAAGGGGGUGGAUCUGCUGGAUACAUGCACGGUGGCGCGGGUGGAGAUUCCGUACGAGGAGGAGAAGGGGGCUGCGCGGCUGCCGGGCAGAUUGUAUCUCCCCCGGUCGGGUGCCGCGCAAGCAGGCCAAAGCCAAGGCAAAAGCAGGCUCCCGCUCCUCAUCAUGACCGGCGGGUUCGACUCGACGCAGGAGGAACUGUACUUCUUCGGGCCGGCGGCUGCACUUCCGCGCGGCUACGCGGUGCUCACCUUCGAGGGACCGGGCCAGGGCAUCUGCCUCCGCCGCGACGGGCUGCGGCUGCGCCCGGACUGGGAGCACGUGACGACCAAAGUGCUCGAUGUGGUGGAGAGCCAGCUGGCUAAGGACUAUCCGAUCGACUUGGAGAGGGUGGCAGUGGUCGGCGCCUCGCUGGGCGGGUACUUCGCUCUGCGGGCGGCGGCGGACUCGCGCGUGCGGGCGUGCGUCUCGUGCGAUGCGUGCUACGAUCUCUUCGACGUGACGCGCAGUCGCAUGCCCGGGUGGUUUAUCAAUGGGUGGCUGAGUGGGCGGCUCAGCGACGGGUUCUUCAACUGGGUGGUCAAUAGACUGGCUCGGUGGAGUUUCCAGCUGCGAUGGGAGUUCGGCCACAGCAUGUGGGUGUAUGGGGUGGAGACGCCGGCGGAGGUGAUGCGCUGCAUGCAGCAGUACCACGCCAGGGGAGUUUUGGAGAAGGUCAAGUGCAGUACGUUUGUGACGGGGGCGGCGGAUACAUUCUAUUUUACGCCAAAGCAGAAUACGGAGCCGAUCUUCGAGGCGCUGGGGCAUCUCCCGCCGCAGAAGAGGCGGUUGUGGGUCGGGAAGGGGGUCGAGGGGGGUGGGCUGCAGGCCAAGAUUGGGGCGUGGGCGGUCACAACAAUGGCACCCAUCGGCCGUCUGUACACAUACAUGCCCAACGCGCGGGUCCUGAAGAUCCAAGCCGCAGCCGCACUAAACAACCUCACCCUCGACAUCCCCCAACCCUUCGCCUUCGGCACGGCCAACAAAUCCCCCGAAUUCCUCCAGAAAUUCCCCACCGGCAAGGUCCCCGCCUUCGAAUCUUCCGACGGCGAGGUGACGCUGGUCGAAUCCGACGCGAUCGCGCAGUACGUGGCGGGGUGCGGGCCCGCGGCGCCGGCGCUGCUGGGCCGCAAUGUCGCCGAGCAGGCGGCGGUGCGGCAGUGGAUCUGCUUCGCGGAGAACGAGGUGUUCCGGAACAUGGCGGCGGUGGUGCUGUGGCGCGUGGGGAUGCGGGAGUACGAUGCGGGAGUCGAUGGCGAGGGGGCGCAAGGGUUGGAGGAGGCGUUGGCAGUGGUGGAGCGGCAUCUUGCGGGGGGGGAGAAGGAGAAAGAGUACCUGGCGACGGAGGGGGGGUUGUCCUUGGCGGAUUUGACGCUCGCGUCGGCGCUGUUCUGGGCGUUCAUGCAUUACAUCGAUGAGGAGAUGAGGGGGCGGUUCCCCCGGGUGGUGCGGUGGUAUCUUCGGGUGGUUGCGGCGGAGAGGGUGAGGGAGGUGUUUGGGGAGCCGUGCUUGGUUGCCGUACGGAAGGUGGCUCCUGUUUAGUGGGCUGCAGCGUGUAGGAGUGUUGGAAGCUGAAAGGAAGGGGGGUCCGGGGUUCUCCCCCGGAUG